AUGUUUGAAAACACACUACAAGGUGCCUUGAUAGGGGUCACGGUGAUCCCCACUCUUAUUUUAUCGCUGCCAACUACAUCGUUUGUUAGGUAUGCCAUAUAUCCCCUUCCAGCUUUGCUGGUACUCAGGGCUCUGCUAUGGCCACCAACAGAGGGGCUAGCAAAGGAAACAUACCUCCUUGGUCUCCUCAUGACAGACACAUCCUUCAAGAUGUUCGAUUAUCUUUAUCUGCAGGGCUACAAUGCGCCUGCUAAGUUCCUCCAAGUCGAUAGGGUCGGAAGGACUAUUACAAAAGUCCAUGAAUAUCCUAAAGACACUCUGGGCCAAGUCAAAUGGGCCCUAUCGUUAGUCACCUCCCAUCGAGGGAUCGGAUGGAACAUCCAAGUGCCACUGCAGAAGAUUAAAUACCCUUCUUCUCGCGUAGCCUAUAUAUUCGAGUCCAUGGUUAGCAUCCUGUCUAUAUACUUGGGAUUAUAUACAUGUGGUAGUCUAUGCGACUACAUGGUCCAGGUCCUUCGGAAGGAAGCAGACUCACCGUAUCCUUGGGUCUAUGGCCUUUUCAAAAAUUCCAUCUUCCAGAUGGUGGUCGCAUUCAUGGGGAUCUUUGCCAUGGUAUCGAAUAGCGUUUUAGUUUAUAACCUGGCACGCAUGAUCUGCGUUACCUCAGGAAUCAAGGGGGAUUGGGGCAAGAUUGAAUCGUGGCCGAAUAUGUUCGGGGGGUUCGAGGACGCCUGGAGUAUUCGGAAUGUCUGGGGAAGAGCAUGGCAUCAGAAUCUGAGAAGGUGCUUGACUGCACCAGGGGAAAAAGUCUCUUCCCUAAUCUUCGGUAGCUCUCCAAAGCUCGGUCGGGUCCCACGAUUGAUCAGACGAUACUUCCUUGUAUUCUCCGCCUUUGGGGUCUCCGGACUCCUACACUCCCUUGCAGUGUACUACGGUUCCAAAACCGACACCAUGCCGUACGAAGAUUCAACUCCCCUCCAUAUGCGGCCCGGGUGGUAUGUAACAGGUUAUUUCUUCUAUAUCCAACCCUUCGCCAUCACCCUCGAAGAUUUCAUCUGUUGGGCCACGGGGACAUCCACGGAAUCCAAGGGUGUGAAAGCAACGAAAGUUAGAUGGUUCGUUGGCAUGGUAUAUACGUUAACCUGGUUCACCUGGGGCACAGCGGUCCUAUGGAUUCAUCCCCAACUUGCGUCUCUUGGCUACCAAAGGACCUCGGACGCCGAAUUGGGUUAUGUUCAUAUUCUAGUUUCUACCAGUGAGGCAGCAUCUAUUUUGCCAUUGAAUCCUUGGCCUGCAGUAGUUAAAACGGUCAGUCCGACGUUCUGGGACGUGUAUGGGUAUUUUAAAAGUUCAGGACUUGGGGGAUAUCUUUACCUGUAUGCGUAUACUACCCUUGAGAUACUGGGUGGUAGCGGGUUUAAUGUAUUGAAAAGCGCUAGCAGUGUGGUGUAA